UUAGGUCAUGAAGAUACAUGUAAUUGUUGCUGUUGCUCUAAUCCUCAGCCAGCGUACCUCAAAUAUGUUCAACCUUCCGUUCCAAAAUCAUUCAAACCCGUCCGAUAUUAUUGGUGCAAUGAAAUACCGUUUGAAGCUGAUACAACCUAUAAAUUGUCCUUUUUAGACGGACCAACACCAAGUAGAAAUUCAGUUAAGCCGGUACUUCCAGAAGAUUCUCUAACAGUUGGUGAUGGAAAAUUAAAUGACGAAACAAUUCAUAAACUAAGUUAUUUAGGUAAUUGGUCUGUGAAACGAGAAAUUCCGAAUGAAUCAGGGCCGUGGAGAGCAGUUCAACAAUGGCUAGGCAGAGGACCAAUCCAAGAUAAUACAACAAGCAAAGAUGCUUAUACAUGGAAGUGUAUUGCACGAUCUAAACCUUUCAAAGCGUCAACCAACUUACGCUGUCCUUGUGCCUCUAUAGAUGAUAAAACAACCUACAAGUUAAGCUAUUACGAAUCAGGCUGUCGCAUUCCAGUACCAGAAUCUUUCAAACCAAAGAAAAUAUAUACCAAGAGUAACGUUCCGAUGGAUGAAAAAACUACUUACAAGCUCAGUUAUUGGCCUUACGAAACACCGUCCAAG